GAGUAGUCCCUCCUCUCCAAACCCCCACGGUCACACGAAAACCCUUUCCCCUCACCCCCUCCCUCAGCAAGCCAGUCGCCCACCAUGAAUUUCUUCCAGCAGAAACCACCGCCGUCACCGCCGCCACUGAACAAUUCAUCUUCACCCCCACCUCCCCUUCACGAAUUCGUCCAGCAGGCGUUCUCAUCCCUCCAAACCAACGUCUCUAAUUUCUUCCAAAAUGCCCUUCAACAACCCCCAUUUCAUCCUCGCGAAUCCCCAGCAUUGGCUCGUGCUUCCAGCCUCGUCAGCAGUCCCAACGGCAGCGCAUCUAUUUCUUCCGCCACAACCGGCGGUGGCGGGAGUAGAGAGGGGAUUCGCAGUUCACCUACAACGUCUAUCCGGGAGCGGUUUACUGGCGUGCCCCUGUACGCUCUCAGCAAUCCCAUUCAGGAAUUCGUUUUGGUUUCUGCAGGGAAUGGAAAAACAAGUCUAGGUUUGUUUUGCUUAGGUGAAGCUGAUGCAGCAUCUAUCCUCCACCAAUUGAAAAGCAUAGACCCUUCUAUGCACAAGGAUUAUAGAGUGGUGCCUGUGGCACUCAAUGAGGUGCGUAAAAGAAGUGGUAUAUCUGAUACAACAUUUCCAGGGGUUCCAGUUUUUCAGUCAAAUAGCUUAGUCCUGAGGAAAGAGAACACAAGAUAUCGUCCAUUUUUCUUUAGAAAGGAGGACCUGGAGAAGUCUCUUUCCAGAGCUUCCAGAGAGCAGAAUAUACUGAAUCCUGCAUUAAAAGGAGAUAUUCAGGUUGAUGUUCUAGAGGAUAUAAUACAAGGGAUGAAGGACAGCUCAACAUCAGCAUGGAACGAUGUUGUUUUCAUCCCUCCUGGUUUUGAUGUUUCCAUGAAUCCUCCUCGAAGGUGACAUCACCACUCACCCGGGCACUGCUUUUGCAGCUCUUGGAAAGAAAGCAGCCACCUUUUUCGUUGGACUCGGACAUUACUGGGCAGCUUGUAGUGCUCCAUUUCUCUGCCCUUCACAGCAGAGUGUAAGGUUUUGUCUUCUAAAAUCUCAAGCUGGAUUGGCAUUUGUAAAGUAGUGAUGAUGAUAUUAACUUUAUAAAACAUAUGUAUGCAUGCUCAUUUGAGGAAUACAUAAUACUUAUUAGG